GCCGGAAGCAGGGAAAUAACCUUGGAAGAAGAAAACGCAGUGGACUGUUUCUGUCUGGGACCAGAUCACAGCAUUUGUCAGACAGAUUAUAAUUAGUGUUGGAACUCACGAGUAAAGCAGCUUUUUUAUGGCUGUUAAGACAUCUUGCAAUUUUUUUGCGCAUUUUCGUGCUUUGAAUUAGGACACACUGGCUCAGGUGUAUUGGUAGUACAAUUAAGAACCCAGUGUUAGGGGUUAGAGUGCGCAUUGAUUAAUCUCAUUUAUUGUGUCAGAGCACAAAGCCUUGUCUGAUUCAUCUAGAGCGCCCGCCCAUUGGGCUUUCUGCGGAGCGAUAGUGGGAGAUUGAUUAUAGUCUCCGGGAUUUGCCGUGGAGAAAGCCAGAGCCUGAUAGGACUGAGAUUUGCUCUCCCAUCAACGAAGGGGAGGAAAAUCAUAGCAAGGACUUAUUCCAGCUUGCCUCCACACCGGCAGCACUCUCUCAGAUCCCCUGUACACGUUUUAGACUCUUGUCUAGUCAGGUUGUGCAAAUACGCACAAGUCAAGCUGGACUUUCGUCUUUUAUUUCCGAGGGGGCUGCGCGUGUGAAUCGCCUCCGCAGUCUCGGAUGCGUAGUAAACCGGGAGUGGGUUGGGUCGCCCAGGCGCCUGCCAUACGCACAAGUCGUCAGUGAUAAAAAGGAAGAUAGGUGAGGGGGAAGCUUCACCCCAGGUUUUUUUCCCCUUUAAAUCAGGAGGACACCGGAGAGGUGAGUCGGACGCUGGCAACCCGACGGACUAACUGGCUGUGGAUUUGACUCUCAGGACAAGCCCCAGCCGUGUUUGUCAUCCGGGAUUCGUAGAUCUUAUUUACGAUUCAGGACCAGCGGUUAACCACACUGUCAAACCCGACCAGACACCCCCUUCCUCAUCUGAAGGGAAUAUUACAAGUGGAUCUGCGGGGCAACAAACAAUGGCAACCGGUGCGCUCCUUUUUGCCUGUGCGCUGCUUGCUGGUGUUGCCGUGGCUCAGAGAGUUGUAACGGUGCAAAGUGGACCGCUGGUACGGACUGAGGGCUCUCACGUGACCAUCUUGUGCAACGUGACGGGCUACAAAGAGGGAAUGGAGCAGGACUUUGAGUGGUCCAUGUACCUGCCAUCAGUAGCAGACAGGGAGAUCCGCAUCGUAAGCACGGCUCAGCCAAACUAUGCCUACGCCGUGUAUGCCCAGAGGGUCAACAGUAAAGAGAUCACUGUGGAGAGACUGAGCAGUGACUCAGCUAUGCUCCACAUCACCAAAGUGCAGGCCAACGACCAGGGUCUGUUUGAGUGUUACACACCUAACACAGAUGGGCAGUACCUGGGAUCCUACAGCGCACGCACCAACCUCACUGUUAUCGCGGACUCGUUGACAGUAGUAGCUCCCGCCCAGACUCUGUCCAAGGUGGAAGGCGACACGCUGCAGCUAACCUGUGAGGUAUCUCGGACCACCCUGCAGCACACUCACUUAUCGGUGGGCUGGUACCUGCGCUCCCCAGAGGACGCGGCAUCCCCUCCCCAGGAGCUGGUCACCCUGUCGAGGGACUUUGUCCUGCGCUCCGGGGGCCCGUACCGGCAGAGGAUGGCGGCAGGGGACCUCAGGCUGGACAAAACCAGUGCCACUUCCUACAGGCUGACUAUUCACAAGCUGCAGCCAGUGGACCAGGGCCUGCUGUACUGCCAGGCUACUGAGUGGAUUCAGGACACAGAUGGCAGCUGGUUUGCCAUGACCAGAAAGCAGAGCGAGAAGACUCAGCUCCGCAUUCAGCCCACUGAUCGGGACUUUAGCAUCCAGGUGAGCACGGACCGUCGGUCCUUUACGGCCGGUGAGCCGCUGGAGCUUCGCUGCACCAUUGAGGCCCAAAACGUCCCAGAGCGCUUCUUCUCGGUGUCGUGGGUCUUCAGCAGCUCACCGGUGGCCGUGGUGGGCCCCAGUGCUGUGCCUGUCCUGGGCCCCGAUUACCUAGCCCGCGAGGCUGCUGGCCAUAUGACAGUGCGCAAAGAAAGCACCAACGUGCACUUGCUCAAACUGCAGCACCUACGCCCAGAAGAUGCUGGGAAAUAUAUCUGCCGGGUGACAGAGCGGGAGAAGACGCCCACGGGAGACUUCAUCGACCGCAGCAAGAGGUCUCGCAAUGUCCAGAUCACAGUCCAGCCGCUCAAGAGCAACAUCACAGUGUCUCUGUCCAGCAACUCUACUGAGGUCAUAGAGGGCGAUGUGAUCCACUUUUCCUGCUCAGUCUACACCACUACAGGCCCUCUGUCUGUUGUCUGGCAGUGGACAGACAAGCAGGCAGCUGGACCGGGCCUGGAGGUGGCCACGAUCGAUCGGGAAGGCACUGUAUGGCACAGUGCAUCCUACAGAGAGCGCUCCAGCUAUGGGGAGAUACGGGUGGAGAAGGUGCGGGCCGACACAUUCUCUCUGUCCCUGUAUAAUGCCUUACCUGGGGAUGAGGGUCAGUACAGCUGCACAGCCACUGAGUGGCUCCAGGCCGGCACUGAACCAGAGCUCAGCUGGGAGAAGAUAGGAGAGAGAUCGGCCACCAAGACGGUCACAGUCAAGACUGUUGAGUCUUCCUUCAUGGUGUCAGCCUCAUCGCGGACGCCAUCCGUUAACUUCGGGGACUCCUUUGACCUCCUGUGCCUGGUGAAGCCCCGUCACAACCCUCGUGUCCCCACAUCUGUCACCUGGCGCUUCAUGCCUGCUGGCUCCGAAGCUGGCGACGAGGGUGAUGGAGAGUUCAAAGACCUGGUGACGUUCACCCGCGAGGGCACUCUGCAGUGGGGGGAGCAGCUGCUGGGGCUUGGUACUCGCACCACAGUGGACCGAUCCCACUCCAAUACCAACUUCCGAUUGUCAGUGACCCGGGCAGGGCGUCGCGAGGCGGGCAAGUACCAGUGCUCCGCCGUCCUGUGGAGGAAGAACUACGACAACAGCUGGAGCAAAGUAGCCAACCGCACUUCCAACCUGCUUGGCAUCAGCGUCCUACAGCCAGAGAGCAAGCUGCGAAUGCUAAAGACCAACCAGUCUCAGGCGUACCUGGAGGACAGUCGCGUCAGGAUCAAUUGCUCCAUCAGCUCCCAGACCAGCCAGGAGUCCCAGCAUGCUGUGUUCUGGUACGUGAGGCGCCCCACCGGGUCAGAAGCCGACGAGCUCCUGCUGAGAAUUGAACGCUCGGGGGCCUUUGAGUACGGCGCCUACGCAGACGAGGAGAGGCUGCGACGCCGAGUGCAGGCCGAGAGGCUGUCCCCCCGUCUCUAUGGGCUGACGCUGAACAGGGCGGAGAACAGCGACUCUGGGACGUACUACUGCCUGGUGGAAGAGUGGCUGAGUGACCCCGAUGGAGCCUGGUACCGACUCUCCCGGGAGUCCUCUGGGUUCACACAGGUUCUGGUCAGACAGCCAGAGAUUCGACUGCAGGUGGAGGAACUGGAGUCAAACGUGACUGUGGAGGAGUCGGCCUCUAUCCGACUGGGCUGUAGCAUUCCCUCACAGUCGUCCCGAGAAUCCCGCUUCUCUGUGUCCUGGUAUGUUGAGCGCUCCGAUGACGAGGACAAUGAACUAGGUGACGAGGAGAGAGAGUGUGUGUUCUCCAUCGGCCAUGAUGCAGUUUUUGGAAAUGGAAACUGCAGCCCCAGAGAGGAGCCAGGUCCAAAUUCCCGACUGCAGUUUGAGAGGACGACUUCUGACCAGUACAGCCUCACCAUUCAGGGAGCCCGGCCGACAGACGCAGGCCAAUACUACUGCCAUGUAGAGGAGUGGCUGCUCAACCCCCGCAAAGCGUGGUACCGCCUGGCCACCAACAACUCUGGGCUCACUAUCGUCAAUGUAAUACAACAAGUGUCCACCCUCCAGUCAGUGGUUUGCUCCAACGACUCGCUCUUCUACUUCGUCUUCUUUUACCCCUUCCCAAUCUUCGGCAUCCUCCUCAUCGCUGUGCUGCUCGUGCGCUUCAAGAGCCGCGGCCACAGCAAGAGCCAAGAGGGCAAGAACGGCGCCCCCCUCCUGUGGAUUAAAGAACCUCACCUCAGUUACUCUCCCACCUGUCUUGACCCACCUGCGCUCAGCCUGCACCCUGGCUCUGUUGAUUAAGGACACCCACCCCCCACCCCCCUCUGUCUCGCAAACAUCGCGGAUCCAGCCAACACAAUGCCAGGGAGCAGAUCUGGACUCCACCUUCAGACCUUACUGUCGUUCACUGCUGUCUUGAAUUAGUCAAUCAGUUGAUCACUUUAAAAAUCCUUACCCUGGUGGCUGCCUGUUUUACGUUAACAAUUGUGUGUUUCUGUUUGUUUGUUUGUUUUAUUUUUUGAUUGUGUGUAUGUGUGUGUAUGUUUGUGGGUGUGUGUGUGUGUGAGAGAGAAAGUGAACUAGAAUGGGUGUUAACACGAUUAAUUGUGCAAGUUCGAGUUGAAGGACAAGAGAGUUUCAUGAGCCUCUCACCUUUUUGUUUUCUGUGAAACUCAUAGCUGCAUUUUGAUUUGUAUUACUCUGAAUAUUUGUUUAUUUUUUAAGAGAGAGAAAAAAACUGCGCACAUGAGAUUGGCCAAUCCGGUAAGAACGUUUUAAGAGAAGGAACUCUAUAAUCGACUCCGGCAAUGAGUUGAUGCCAAAAAAGUCUCCACACUGAUCCAAGAGCAGCCACAGCCUGGCCCACUAUGUUGGUUGCCAUAGUGAUUCACUGCGCCCACUGACUCCAUAGCUGAUGACUUGGUUGCCAGCCUGCAUAGAGACAAAGGCAAGGACACACAAGUCAGUGUCCUAACUGAGGAUGUGUGUAUGUGUGUUGGCCCACCUGCCUCCACAAUGAAUUUGCCUUGGCAGACAGAAACAGGUCCUCUUGCUCCACUUAAACACUGCCAGACACUCUGGCCUUAGCGAGAGACGCUCUCCUCCUUUCUCCUCUUCCUCUCCGAGAAGAGUCAACAAGAGAAGGAGAGGUAGGAACGUCAGAAAUGAUGAGGACUAAACGAAUGGCACUCUACUGAUGAGGAUUUACUGUAUGUACUUGGACAUGAGGGAUUUUUUUUAAUUUAAUUUUUUAGUGCCAAGACCUCCUUAUUUCCACACUGUUCUCUGCAGCUAAUGUUUGAAGUUUUAAACAGAGUGGGAAGCUGAUUGCUUUUUCAAGCAGAUUGUACAUAAUGUCUGCUUACCUCCUGCUGUGGGUUUAUGGGCCUAGAGGGCAAAAGGGCAAUUCUUAAACUCGUGUUAAAUCAUUUCAAUUGUCCUGCUUACGUCACACAGUGGGCACUGACUUUAAAUUAUUGCACAUUUUCUUUAAGUUGCCCAGUAUGACCACUCCGUCCAGUCUUUUAAAGAUAUCAAAAGAUGCGUAUUAGUUUUAAGAAGAAUCACUUUUUAUUUGUUAAGAGCCACACUGAAGAUUCAUUAAGUGUAGUAAAACACUUCAAAUGUUAUCUGCACAUUGUAAGAAAACAAGUUGAUGGGCAAUUGUUUGAUUGUUUAUUUUAAAUUUUCUAUUUAUUGUUUUUUACUACUUUGCAUAGCUUUGUAAGAUUUUCUUUUUUGCUUUGAAAUUCUCUAAGAACUGUGCUGCUUGUGUUGCCAGGCAACUGCACCAAGCAGAUUAUGUCAAUAGGCUGUGUGUUGGCAAUGUGGUAGAUGUAGAAAUGCUAGAUUUGUCCUGCUCAUUGCAGUCUGUAGCAUUUCAUACCAGAUUGUCAUGUUUGGUCAAGUGUCAAAACACUGUAUAUCUAUAUCUAUACUGAAAAUUACUGUGGCUUGACAUGAACAAUAGUUGAAGAGACAAGUCACACAAAUGAAUUCACUUAUUGCUUUUUGCUUGAGCCGCGUUUAUUUAGUGAAAUGUAAUGUAACACCUAGGUAGGAUGUUUGAUCAAAGACAGCUGAGGAUGAACAGCGUCUUCUAAUCUUGGAUUCUAGCUGAAGGCGUCAUCCUCAGCUCCCCUGAUGCAAGGCAGAAGGCUUGAACAUCUGAACCUUGGAACGCAACAGGAGGGAAAUCCUCCACCGACCUGGGCCUAACCCUUUCACUGCCAGACUGGACAUGAAAACUCUUGAAAACCUUGACAUUGUUGUCUCAAUCGUGUCAACAUGUAUAUUGCAUGACAAUACUGCAGGAGGAAUUUUGAUGUUUUGUAAACUUUGAACUCUUCGAGCAUUGUGUUUGUGUGACAGAGCAGUGCCCCCAAUCCUCGUCCUAUCCCUCACCUUCACCAAGUUCCUGAGCCAAGAGUCGACACAAAGUCCAGUUCCCUCGUCAUCUACAACAUGUGACUGCCAAUUCCAGAUGCCCUUUGAAACCUGUGAAAUAAUCUAUUUCAAGAAUGGAUGUUGUGCAGAUUGUGUUUGAUAUUAUUGCUCAUAACUGUCUUUUUAAUGCUUUGCUUUUAUGCAGCACUUCAUUAAACUGAUUUAUGUCAAAAAAAGCCAAAAGUAUGCAGCCGAUACUGACACAAGCCACAGAGUUGUGAGAGCUCAAUUUUCUUCACUUUUAUUCAAGGUAACCAGUGCAUUCAAAGUAGACUCACUAUACCACAUGGAGUAAGACAAGUCAUGCACAUUCAGUGAAUUCAGCUAGAUUGAUCAGGGCUCAUUGAUUAGUAGUGUGUUUAUAAGGGGUACAAAGUGUUGGACUAAAGCAGCACACACUGAGGAAAAAAGGAAACUCAUAUUGAAUAUUAAAAACACUCAAGUAGUUAUUGAGGCAGUAUUUUGACCAUCGGAGUCUCUGUCAGGCAACCGUCCGGAAAAAAACUAAAUGACAAUUCCAUAUAAGGAAUUUCCAUAGCCCAAAAUAAUAUCCACUUUAUACAUAAACUAACUUGACAACUAUGUUGAAGCUGGGAAAUAUACUAUGCAGGGUAAAUAUUUAUACACACUUUUGGCACAUGUACAAUGACAGAAAUAUGUACAAUAUUGGGAUUUUGCAUGAAAAGAUUAUAAUUUUGUGAUCUAUUCAUUAGAGGUGGAGCGGUUAUUUCCUCUGUAUAUAUAUCGCCUGUUUUCCUCACAAAUGGCUCUUUGCCUAACAAAGACCUUGGUGACCAAAAUGUUGCCUCAUUAAAUUGCAAUAUUCAGUGUGCGGACGACUUCUCUUUUUCCAUUACCAACAGUCUUUAGCCUCCUGUUGUUAUUUGAUAUAAUGGUAGUGUGAUUUAAAGUACAUACUGUAUAUCAAAAUGGCAGGAAAGCCAUUCUGUGCAUUUUCCAGCCCGAGUAUCAUCAGGAAUAAUUGAUGGAGCCGUUGGAAAGGUCUUGCGUGAUUUGACAGUAAUGGUUGCAUAUCUUAUUGACUUGCAUUUGCAUUGGCGGUAAAAGUAAUAGAGAGCUGAUUUCAGUUUUUCAUAAGCAGAAAAUAAUCUACUGAGCGUAUUUGUUUGCUGAAUGAUUGCCUUUUAUAAAUCUUGAACAUUCCCAGAGAUGCAGGUUGUGUAAAUGGUGCCACUGAACAGCUGCUUCAGCUUCAGUGAAUUAAUCCUUCACUUGAAUCAUGCAAAAUGUAUUUAAUCUUUCUAGACUUGAUUAAGGAAGUCCAGGGCAUGGGGUGUUAUGUCACAGUGCUGCUGCCAUCACUGGAGCUGUACAGUCCAACUGAAUGGUGUUUUUUGUAGUAAUAAUAUAAAUACCACCCAUAGCUGCCUCCCAAGAUUCCUCCGAACGUUCUGACAGUGUUGUAGCUGCGUUUUGAGGGCUGCAUGUAUUGGCUGUGUGCUGGCUCCAGAUUUAGGUGUAAGAUAGUUUGUGGUGAUGUUUUCAGUUCAGCCAGUAAUGCUUUAUUUACAGUGAUGUAUUUUUAUAUGACCAUGUUUUUUUCAUUUGUUAUUAUAUCCAAUAGUUGCCAUCGUGACCAUUAAAAAGCCACUUUGCUAUUGUCAGUUUAUUGCAAUAAAAUACAUUCAGUGCA